ACCGAGGCCAGCCCGAUGGGCGUGGGCGAGGGCGGGGCCGCGGGGUGGGCGCGGGCCAGGACCCCUCCGGUGGCUCCGGGGCGCUGGGCUCGGGAGUUGGCUUAUGACCUUGGACAGCUCCCAGCCCUCUCUUGCCCUCAGUCAGUUCAGCGAAUCGGCAACUGGAGCGGAGGUCUUAUUUGUAAAUGGGGAUGCAAUAGGAUUGUGAAGCAGCCUGCAAAUUAUAUCUGGCAGACAAUUCAAUGUGUAUGUGCGUUUUUCUGGGCAGACACUGUACAUUUAAUCAGAUCGCACAGGGGACGUAAUCCAGAAAAGGAGGCAUAUACAGAAUACCUAAGGAGUAUCCACUACAUCUCCCAGGUGCUGCUGGAAGAAGUGGAAAUCACCAAAGAAGAUGGGGAAACCAUGCCCCCAGAAACCUUGAAGAUGCUGAAGCUGGCAGAGCAGUGUCUGGAGAGGGCCCAGUCAACAGCUAACAAGCUUGGGAAAGCAUGCCUGAAGCCAGCCAUGCCUGUGCCUGCUCCCGUCUCCUUGCCUACCAGCCGACACCGCCGGGUGUAUUCAGAUGAAGGGGGAAAGCUUCUUCCGUUUCUGCCGCCUGAGAUCUUCCAGAGGCUUCAGGUGGUCGAGUCGCAAAGCUCUAAGAAGGAGCUGACACCCCUGGAGGAGGCCUCCCUGCAGAAUCAGAAGCUAAAGGCCGCAUAUGAGGCCCGGAUGGCCCGUCUGGACCCCAGCCAGGCCAUGCAGAAGACAUCGCUGACCCUGACCCUUCAGCGGCAGAUGAUGGAGAACCUGGUGAUCGCCAAAGCCCGGGAGGAGACACUGCACAGGAAGAUGGAGGAGCGCCGGCUGCGGCUCCAGGAAGCCGCCAACAGGAGGUUCUGCAGUCAGGUCACCCUGACCCCAGAGGAGCGGGAGCAGCGGGCCCUCUACACGGCUAUCCUGGAGUACGAGCAAGACCACGACUGGCCGAAACACUGGAAGGCCAAGCUCAAGAGGAACCCUGGGGACCUGUCGCUGGUGACCAGCCUGGUGUCCCACCUGCUCAGUGUCCCAGACCACCCCAUCUCGCAGCUCCUUAAGAAGCUCCAGUGUGCGGUGUACCGGGCACUGUACCCCGUCGUGAGCAGGGGUGCUGCAGCCGCCUCAGCCCCCAGCUGCUGCUCCCUGCCCCCGGACGCCGACGGGCUGCUGGCUCCCGGAAGCCGGCGGCUGCGGCCCUCGCAGAGCCUCUACUGCAUGCUGUGUCCCCCGGAGCCCAGCCCGUCCCCACAGCUCACGGACGGCCCCCCUGCCAGUCCCUCCACACCCCCGCUCCACCCAGGCCCCCCAGACAGAGGGGCGGACAGCAGCCCUAAGGGGCCUCCCUCACCCCUGGCGGGCAAGGACAGCUCCUUUGAAGACCUGGAACAGUUCUUAGCUACUUCUGAGAGGUGGGGUCUCAGCCCUGGGGGGCAGCCUGAGCCUCAGACCCCAGGGGUGAAGGAGCCAUUGCUGGAGCAGCUGAGAAGCACGGUGAAGGACAUACACAACGCCAUAGACAGGCUGCUCUCGCUGACGCUCCUGGCCUUCGAAGGCCUGAACACGGCCAUCUCCAAGGACCGCUGCCUGGCCUGCAUCGAGGAACCUUUCUUCUCUCCACUGUGGCCCCUGCUGCUGACCCUCUACAGGAGUGUGCACCGCCCCCGUGAGGCUGCCCUGAGCAGGAGCAUGGAGCUGUACAGAAACGCGCCCCCGGCGGCCAUCGGCAUCCCCACCAAGCUGCUGCCCCAGGACCCCAAGGCCACGGGGCCCAGUGCCUACCCCUACUGCGCUGCAGCCCAGGAGCUGGGGCUGCUGGUGCUGGAGAGCUGCCCCCAGAAGAAGCUGGACUGCAUUGUGCGUGCCCUGCGGGUCAUCUGUGCCUGUGCUGAGGGCUACUACCGUGCCCAGGAGCCUGCACCUGAGGCAGGACCGCAGCCAGGCGCUGCCGCCAUCGGUGCUGAUGACCUGCUCCCCAUCCUGUCCUUCGUGGUGCUGAGGAGCGGGCUCCCCCAGCUGGUGUCAGAGUGCGCUGCCCUGGAGGAAUUCAUCCACGAGGGGUAUCUGAUUGGAGAGGAGGGCUACUGCCUGACGUCGCUGCAGAGCGCUCUGAGCUACGUGGAGCUGCUGCCCCAGGGAGCCCUGGGCAAGUAGUGGAGGAUGGGACCCUGCAGACUGUCCAGUCAGCUGCACCGGGGGAGCUGCAGUUUCUGCCCCGACGUCUGCCCCCAGGGGCUGGAGGAGGCUGCUCUGUUCCUGACUGGAUGGGGCUGAACUGCAUCAGCUCCCAGGGCCAGGCCUUGCCGUUCCCUGUCCCCAGGGCAGAGAGGGGGCAUGGGCCUGGCUGAGGGCAGGUCAGGUGUCUCUCCCUUCUGUCCCUUGUGACAGUCAGAACUUCCUGAGCCAGUUUCUGUCAGCCUCCUGCCCCCAGAUUCCUGGGGCUCAGGUGGCUUGAGGCUGUGCUGCUUAUUUAUUGAACACUGACCACUCCACUCUCCCCUGGAGGCCCAGGUGUCCCCGGGGUGCCCGCCCAUGUCUGGGGCCUCUGAGCCACACUCCCACCCUUGGCAGUGGGCAUUGGACAUCCCCUCUGGGUCAGUGUGAACCUGAGGGUCAGUGCGUGCCUGCAGCCCACUGCCUGCUCUGACCCUUUAUGGCCCCGGCAGCCACUGACCUGGCUGCAAAUAAAGAGAUCACUGAUGUCUCA